UUGAAAGGAAAAGAGAGGCGUCUCAGUGGCCCGGCUCGGUGGAAGGGGGUUGUGUAGGCGCAACAAAACAGCGCAAAGCCCGUGUGUUUGUGGAUUUUACUGCUGCCGGGGAGCCGCUGGGCAACGCACCGGCCUCCUGUGCGUCUUAGGGUGGGUUGGAUGAGUUUGACUUCACGAUGAGGAGCGACCCUCUUCUGUUCACUUCCAGCAGGGCGAUGGAGGAGCUGGUGUGUGAACUCCGUCUGUUCCUGGACCUGCUGGAUCGGGAGUAUCUGAGCGCUGGGGUCCGAGAGAAGAAGAUGCACCUGUCCAACAUCCUACACAGAGUCAUCGCUGACAAAGAGCCUUCAUUCAAGUCAGAGAUCCACAGUGGUCUGCCUGCCCCCCCUCAGAUGCCCCUCCCUGAAAUCCCUCACCCGUGGCUGCCUUCAAACAACGGCCCUCCUCCUUUGCCCAGCUCCUCUCUACCAGAAGGUUACUAUGAGGAAGCGGUCCCGUUGGGUCCUGGAAAAGCUCCUGAAUACAUCACCUCCAACUACGACUCAGAUGCCAUGAGCAGCUCCUAUGAGUCGUACGAUGAGGAAGAGGAGGAUGGGAAAGGCCAAAAGAUGCGUCACCAGUGGCCAUCUGAGGAAGCAUCCAUGGAUCUGGUCAAGGAUGCCCGGAUAUGUGCAUUCCUGUUGCGCAAGAAACGCUUUGGCCAGUGGACCAAACUCCUUUGUGUCAUCAAAGACAACAAACUGCUGUGUUACAAGUCCUCUAAAGACCACACCCCACAAAUGGAGCUGACCCUGUCAGGGUGUAGCAUCACUCACAUCCCCAAAGAUGGCAAAAAGAAGAAGCAUGAACUGAAGAUCGUCCAUCAGGGGGCUGAUGCUCUGGUGUUGGCAGUGCAGAGCAAAGAACAAGCAGAGGAGUGGCUCAAGGUGAUGAGAGAGGUGUGUAUUAAUGGGAGUGUAGACCUGGAUGGAGCUGGAUCUGGAUCACCUGUUCACAAACCUGAACUGGAAAAGAAAGCGUCAUGUGACAGGCCGAGCUCUGACGGCGAGGCGCCUCAUGAGAACGGACACAGUGACUGUAAGGAACAAGGAAAGGGAAAGAAGAAUUCAAAGUCAGAGCAGAAGAGUGGGACGGUUGGGAAAGGAGCAGGAAAGAAAAUCACAAAGAUCAUCAGCCUGGGCAAGAAGAAGCCGUCCACUGAUGAACAGACCUCAUCUGCAGAGGAAGACGUGCCCACAUGCGGCUACUUGAACGUGUUGUCCAAUAACCGCUGGCGGGAACGCUGGUGCCGGCUCAAAGACAACCAGCUGCUGCUCCACAAGGACCGGGAUGACCUGAAGAGCCACAUCGCCUCGCUGCCCCUCCGAGGCUGCGAGGUCAGCCCCGGCCUCGACCACAAACACCCCUUCGCUUUCCGUCUGCUUCGCAACGGCCAAGAAGUGGCUGUUCUGGAGGCCUCUUCAUCUGAGGAGAUGGGUCGCUGGUUGGGGGUGUUGUUGGCUGAAACCGGCUCCACCACUGACCCGGCAACACUGCAUUAUGACUACAUCGAUGUGGAAACCACCGCCAACGUCAUCCAGCUGGCCAAGCAGUCCUUCUGCUUCACCAGUAAGCGUGCAGUAUCUCCUAACCCAUACUUGGACAACCCAGUCAAUGGCUACGCCUGCCCCACUGGGAUGGCGCUGCACUAUGAUGACGUCCCCAUCAAUGGAACAGACCCAGAGGUUGUGAACUCCAGUCCUGCCACAAGGGGGCGUCAGCAGAAUGAGGAUGUGCACUAUGAGAACGCUGAACUUUAUGACAACAUGCCCCCACCAAAGCUGGCCUCCCGUUACCCUCCUAAGAGGGUAGCCUCUGCUUCUGCUUCUGCCAGUCACUACAAAACCCCUGUGUCUAAAAUCUCUUCUAAGUUUCUUACUGCUGACUCUCGAAAUAAAGAUGGUGCUCAGCUGAAAGGAAAGAAGGGACCACUGACCAAUGGGUUAACAUCAAAACAGAAGGCAGAACCAAAGAACCAGUCCAAGAAGAAUGGAGUCAACGGAACAAAUGGGACAGCAUCUCUGAAACGCAACACCUCCAAUGCAGAGCAGUGUAAGUACGGGAAGAACCGUGUGGAGGCUGAUGCCAAGCGACUGCAGGCCAAGGAGGAAGAGCUGAUGAAGAGGAAGCAGGACAUCAGGAACCAUCUGACCCAGCUGAAGAAGGAGAGGAUAGACCUGCGCACGGCGGUGGAGGCCGCCGCCGGCAAACGUUCUCUGGGCUCGCUGACGGAGAGGCUGAAGAAGGUGGAGGACGACUGCAGGAAGAAGGAAGAGGAGCGGGUGAAUCUGGAGCUGGAGCUGACGGAGGUGAAGGAGAGUCUGAAGAAGGCACUGAGCGGUGGGGUCACCCUGGGCCUCACUAUCGAACCUAAAGCUGGAUCCUCUGGUCUGCAGUCACCAGCAGUGUUGCGGCGAACCCAGGAGUCGUCUCCGUUCUCCAGCUGUGACACCAGUGACACAGAGUCCUGCUCCCUGCCCGUCAACAGCGCCUCGCUGCUCCGUCGCCAGCACAACGCCCAGAAGGCCUCGCCGGUCCGGGGACACGUCCUCCGGAAGGCCAAGGAAUGGGAGCAGAAGAGCGGCACAUAAACAGCUCAACCCCUCAUGCCAGUCUUAUUUUAUUUUCGUUUUUUUUUUUUUUUUUUUUUUUUAAAUGUGUUUAUAUUUAUUUAAAACUGUCCAUACAGUCUGCAGUGGUGUUGAGGACACAAGCAUAGCAUUCACUUUGUCACUGAAACAAAAUAAGUUGCUGUUUUUAGUAUAAUAUAAGUAAACACGACAUGCAGACAUACCAACCUUUUAAACUUUUCUUUUUAAUUACUGAGCAUGCUUACUGUACUAAGUUGUGCAACUUGUGUUAUCCACUGUUCUUUCUUUUCACGUAACCACAGGCCUUUUUUUUUUUUUUUUUUUUUUUUGAAACUCAGUCUGUUUCAGCAGAUUCACAGUUUGGGCUCAAAAAGGUCAAAUCCAAGUAUUUAUUUGUAAAUGUUUAAAGGAAAUACUAGCUUCCCUUUUGUUUAUUUAUGUUGAUAUAUUUAAGGAUUUCCUUUUUUUUUUUUUUUGGUAGAAUUUGUGGCACUCUUUAAAAUCCCACCUGUUUCUUUGAGUCUGGUUUUCAUUCAUGGGUAUGAGCAUCGACAAGAAAAGUGCAUCUCAACAUUAAGGGUCACAAUAAUCACAUUACAUACCCAUAGAAUAACAAUCCAGCUCCUCUAAAGUGCAUUUCUGAAAGCCAAAUUAUUUUCAGGAACACUUUAAAAAGAACAAAAGCACCAUUAUAUACGUCAUGAAAAAGUGAGGUAUGCAAGCAUCAGAAAAUACAUGUAUUUUAGCCUAAAUUCCAAAUUGAGUAAAAUAUCCUACCCCCAAUUCAAGUGUUUUUCCUACUUUAUUUUACUGUUAUCUUUAGUCAUAGACUCCAUCAAAUUGCAUGUCUCUGUGUUUGCAUGUUUCCAGAUCAUAGAUGCAAACUUUAUUUCUCUGUGUAUAUAUUUACACACACAUCUAUUGUUCCAUUUCUUGGUUCGUUGUCCACAGUAGCACACACCAUAAAUACAAAUACUUUGUAUGUGUACUUCUUAAUAUGUUACUAAAUGUUCUAAGCCAGGCUUGACUGUCUGUUCAGUGUAUGUAGUGAAUUGUAGCUGCAGGCACCAGCAAAAUAGAAGACGUCUAAGGCCACUGACCUGUAACAACUGCAGAUAUGAUGAAACAUCUGGAUGAAAUGCUAAUAACCACAUGUGUUAUUACCCUAUAUUGUAUAGGUCACAUGUUAAUCACCGCUGGUAAAAUAAAACAAGAUACAACAUCUGUUUUAAAGGUUCAGUGUGUAAGAUUUAAGGGGAUCUAAAUUCAGAAACGGGAUACAAUAUUGAUUUAAGUAUCUUUUCAUUAGUGUAGAAUGAGCUGUAAAUGAAAAUAGAAUUAGCUGCAGAGGGAAUGGGUUCACUCAGGGGCACCGCUACCAAUUAUUAAACCAUAAUCGUUGUGGACUCUACAGAAAUUACCCAUAAACACCGUCACUUACGCCAGUGCAAAAACAAAACAACAUGCUUUCAACGUUCGCCUCCCGACUUCUACACCUGUCUUAUACUGCAGAUCUUACACGAAAUUUUCACAACUUCUACAUCCACAGGGCCCCCCUCCACUGCUCUAUAGGCCCCCCACAAAUACUGGGCCCCAUGAAUUUGUCAUGUUUACCCCCCCCCCCCCCCCCUCCUCCUUAUCGGCGCCCCAGGGUUCACUCCUUGGUGCCAUACAUGUUCUCCUGCCAGAUCUGUAGCUAGAAAGACGACCUCUUUUAUUUGAUGUAGACAGCAUCCAGUAUUGCACUGCAUUCUUAUGUAUGAGUUUGGACCAAGGUUAAUGUCCCUGUUUAUCAAAAGAAAACCAAAAGGGAUAAAAACAAAUCCUGACUUUAAUACUAUAGAGGACAGCGAUAACAGGGAUGUUCGGUGAGAUGCAAUGUAUAACUUCACCACUAGAUGUCCUUUCAUUUUACACGUUGAACCUUUCACAUAAAAACAGAGCAGUCGGAUUCUAAUGCAGUCCAAAAAUCAUCACUGGCCACAGAAUGUACAGGUUAUGACCACCAAAUAAAAUGAAACGAUCACUUAAAGGCUCAGUUUAAGCAGUUGUUCUUAUUUAAAGCUGCUCAGAUAGUCAGUGCAGCUUUAACCAUACGUUUGGGAUCAUCUUGGUAACAGACAGUAAAUGUGCUUCUUUAAAUAGUCUGAUCUAUAGUGUCAUGAUGAAUGACUGCCAUUAGGUUACAGCAGGCCCUGGGUGUGUGUUUGCAGAUCUGGGCACAUCAUGCUCAGACGUGGCCGCUCUUACAUUUAGAGUUUGACUUUGGAAAAGUCCAAAACCCCUAACGAUGUGGCUGACGUUAGUCCGUCAUCCAGCAGCUUCGGUCCAGCUCCUCUAAUCACACCACUGGUCUGCUGCAGCCUGUGAUUGAACUGUGUGUGUGUGUGUGUGUGUGUGUGAGGGGGUGUGUGUGUGUGUGUGUGUGUGUGUGUGUGUGUGUGUGUGCUCCAACGUCUUUAAGGCACAUUCCAAACUGAUCGGCAAUACACUGACUGAAAUAGAAGCACUUGCUGUAAACUCAAAUUGCUGUGUUCUGCUAAAUCCAAGACUGUGAUUUUGAUUUACAGACUGCUACACACACAUACAUGUACACAUGCACUUAUCCGCAUUCCAUAUUUGUGCUUUGUAGCCAGAUUGUUACCAGACGUAGCAUCAGCGUUCGAUAUCGACAUAUCUACCAUGUGCUCCUCCAUCUUGUAAAUAUUUUCUGUCCCUGCCUUUCUUUCAGAAUGAUACCCCGCAGAUCUGCAAGCUAGAGUGUAUCCUGCAUGUUAGCAUGACAACAGCGGCAUAGGGGAGUUACAUGUACAAGUAUUUAGUUCCUUUUGAUUCCUUGUCAGCUCAGUGUGGCUUAUACUGUCAGUAAAUGUGAACCUGCUGUACAUAGCUUGGCUUUAUGGGAGGGCGUGGGGCUCGGGUAACAACUCAUGCAUCAGUGUUUGUUUCUGCACCUUAUUCAUUUUCUACUCUGUUGUAUAUCUCUGACAGUCUCCACCUUGGAGACACACACACCUGUACAUAAAUGAAUAAACCUACUGACAAACAG